AUGUCAGAAUCAUUUGAUAAUGAAAUUGAAGAUCACGUCCAAGAGGACAAUUUCCAAGAUAAUGAUGUACCUGAUGAAGAGAACCAAGAGGAGGGAGAAGCUAUAAUACCCAUGGAUUCCUCGGAGGAGGAAGAAGAAACUGACGAAGAAGCAGCCAAAGAGGUAGCUGCCGGAACAAAUGGAUCUUCGGCCCAACUUUAA